UUUAACAUGUAAAAAAUAAUACAUAUGUAUAUUGGUACCACUUUCUGGUCCUGUCAUUUCCCCCUCCCCCCUAAAACUGGGCACGGCUCGGAAAACACAUGAAGUUAUUAACUUCUAAUGGCAGGUGUUGUCUUACGUAAUCUUACUUGUGUCAUGUUUACGUCCCUACGUUUGAUUAAAUUUGCUUUACGCAAAGACGCCAGUUAUUGCAGCUCAGAUAAAGUCUCGACUUUAAACUCUAACAGAACUCGACUUUCACAGAAACAUUAUUCAAAGUCUUAUUUAUCAAUUUAUGAACAGUAGCAAGAGCAAUACUUAGUUCUUUUACUUUCCUUCCAACUGACUUGAAAAGAGCGCGGAAUGGAUGAAAAAAUUCGCCAGAGAAGCCUAAAACCUUUAGCGCAGUUAUAACGAUGCGGUUAUAAAAAAAGUAGUUCAGAAAUGUCAGUCUACAACUUCUCUUGUUACCAUUUCACCAAAUGGGUCCAGGAAGGCCAAAUAACACAAGCAGAGUUCAUAAUUGUCGCUGUGCUAAACUUAAUCACAAUUCUUCCCGCCUUUUUCCUGAACGCGCUGGUUCUCAUCUCCAUAUGGCGGACUUCAAUGCUUCAUACACCGGCUAUGGUUCUGUUGGGGAACCUUGCUCUCUCGGAUCUAGCCGUCGGUAUCAUCGCUCAGCCCGCCGUUCUUUCCUGGACGGCGCUAGAACUCAAAGCCGCUGAGUGCGAGAAAACUUACUGCAUCUUUGCAACUCUUUUUGGUAUCCUCUCGUCAUUUUUCAGCGUUGUGUCUGGUUUGAGUAUCACUACAGUUGCAGUUGAUAGGUUCCUCGCUCUGUACCUCCAUCUAAAAUACAAAUCACUCAUUACUAUGAAGAUGGUGACCAUUGUCUGUAUCGUAGUCUGGUUUCUUGCAGCUAUAAUAGGAGUGUCGUGGAUUUUAUUUGGGAUGGAAACAUACAACGUGAUUAUCUGCAGUGUUAUGGUUAUCUGUGUAACAAUUAUCCUAGUUUGCUAUUUCAAAAUCUACAAUGUGAUGAGAAAACAUUUGAACCAGAUCCAAGUUGCCCCGGUUAAUACACCACGCGAAGACUCCACAGCCUUCAACGUCACCUCAAGUUUAAAGUACAAAAAAUCGGUUAUAUUCUCUUUGUACAUAUAUUUUGCUUUUGUAUUGUGUUACAUGCCCUGCUUUGCGGCUUUUGCAUACCAUGGUAUUACAGGAGAUAAUAGAUUCGCGACAUUUGUGAAAAUGUCAGUGACUAUCGUGCUGAUGAACUCUGGAAUGAACCCUGUUAUCUACUGCCUGAAGAUGAGAGAGCUUAGGAGUGCAAUACGAAAAACUCUGACUUCCCUUGGGUGCUAUUCCACAGGCAGCCUAAGCCCAUGACUCGUAGAUAUUUUUUUAGAGACGU